ACUAGAUUUGAUGAUAAUUUUUGAUAAUGGGUUUCAUGGGUUUUUCGAUUUCUGUUCUCUAACCUACUAGAUAAAACAGAACUUGGGCUUUGAAGUUUGAGCUCAAAAAAACGAACUAGAGAGAUAGUUUGUGGUUAUUAGUAAAAAAAUAUGAGUAACUGGUUGGGGUUUUCUUUGACUCCACACCUAAGCAUCGAUGAAGGUUUUGGUGGAGAUGGAGAGGGUGGUUUCUCCUCCUCUCAUUUGUCGGUCAUGCCUUUGCGUUCUGAUGGUUCUCUCUGUGUUUUGGAUCCAUUUAGGCGUUCUAAUGGAGGAGAUUGGAGAUACGAGAACAGCAUGGCUACUGUAACUAAUCCUGAUCGAGAAGGACCGAAGCUUGAAGAUUUCUUGGGCGGUUACUCCAACUCUACUCAAGAAAACAACAAUGUCUAUUUCCAAAGCAACCAACAACAACCUCUCCAUCAAAGAGAAGAGAAUCCCGACAAUGGUUGUGGGAUCAACAUGAACGUACCUCCAACCUUCAACAACAAUGGCGAGAGAGAAAAAUUUUCAAACCCAUCUCCAUUAAUCCAAUCUUACCAUUACAAUGAUAACCCACAUGCCUUAAUCCCUUCUGUUCCCCUUCAUGUUCCUCUAGAGAAUGCAACCUCAAUUUCUGGGUUCAAGUCAUGGUUGCGUCAAACACCAUUUUCAGGUGAUAAAUCCUCUUCUGAAGCAAACAACUGUAAUUUUGAAUCACUCUCCCUCUCUGUAAGCGCUGUCUCUGAGUGUGGAACUGCCAUAGCUGCCGGACCUUCAUCGUCGUCUGGCUCUGAGAACCGGAAGCGCCCUAUUAGCAAAGCUCUCACCCGAGAACCGGUUCCUCGUAAAUCAAUCGAUACAUUUGGACAAAGAACUUCUCAAUAUCGUGGCGUCACAAGGCAUCGAUGGACUGGGAGAUACGAGGCACAUCUAUGGGAUAACAGUUGCAGGAAGGAAGGACAAACAAGGAAAGGAAGACAAGUUUACCUUGGUGGGUAUGAUAAGGAAGACAAAGCAGCUAGAGCUUAUGACUUGGCUGCACUAAAGUACUGGGGUCCUACUACUCAUAUUAAUUUUUCGUUGAGCACUUAUGAGAAAGAGCUUGAAGAGAUGAAGAACAUGACCAGGCAGGAAUUUGUUGCCAGCCUAAGAAGGAAAAGCAGUGGAUUCUCUAGAGGAGCUUCUGUGUACAGAGGGGUGACAAGACAUCAUCAACAUGGAAGGUGGCAAGCAAGAAUAGGAAGGGUUGCAGGAAACAAGGACUUGUACCUUGGAACAUUCAGCACUCAAGAGGAAGCUGCAGAAGCCUAUGACAUCGCUGCAAUCAAGUUCCGAGGGACAAGUGCUGUGACAAACUUCGACAUUAGCAAGUACGAUGUUAAGCGGAUUUGCUCCAGCAGUACUCUCAUUACUGGUGACCUUGCCAAACGCUCUCCAAGGGACUCCAUUGCAGUUGUUCCCGAAGAUAACAACAGCUCAUCUGCAAACUCCUCAGCACCACCUCAAUCGCAUCUUGCCAUUACGAAUGGUGAGUCCUCGGAUGAUUUGGGGGAUGUGAUGUGGACCAACAGCACAGAAGUACAGCAGCAACAGAACCUUAAUUCCAGUAACACUGUGUCUUCAAUGAGCAAUCCAAAUUCUUCGAGCCUGCAAAGCUCGAAGCAGUCUGCUGCGUUACAGAAUGAGUAUGGAGUUGGCGGAGGUGAAUUCUCCCAAGCAUUCUUCUCAUUGCAUGAUCCUAAAUAUGAGGAUGACAACAAAGGUGGUGGUGGUGGUGAUGGUGGAGAAGACCAUAGUGUGAGCAACAGUGGGGGAGGAAAUGUGGAUUGGAUGGCAGCGAGUAGGCCAACGAAUCUAUCAACAGUUCAUCAACUUCCACUUUUUGCGUUGUGGAAUGAUUGAGGAGUGGAGGAGAUUGAAAGAAAUCAGAGGUAGCAGUGCAUAGGGGAAUGAGAAUGAGGAACUAGUUGGUUAGCUAGGCAUCUUAAAAUGGUAUAAAUACUAGGAACAGCUUAUUCUGCAGAGUUCAUCAAAAAUUUUACUAUGUACAUGAAACUCAAAAACUCUGAUCUAGUUCUAACCGUCCUUGCUUUUAACUGGUAAUCUGAA